AUGUCUAACUUCGUACCUUUUCAACUUUCAACUUCAUUGGAAGGCCAUGAUUUAGAUGUUAAAGCAGUUUCUAGCCCUAAUGAUAAUAUAAUCAUUUCAGCUUCUCGUGAUCAAAGUGCUCGCUUAUGGUCUAGAAUUUCGGCAAAUGCAUUUGAAGAAUCCAAAAUUUAUUUGGGACAUUCAAAUUUCGUUAAUUCAAUUACAUAUGUUAAACCUUCUGAAAAAUAUCCUCAAGGACUUAUUGUGAGCGGCAGCAGCGACAAGACAAUUAAUGUAUUUGAUGCAGAAAAUGCUGGUGAACCGAUUUAUUCUUUAAUUGGGCAUUCAGGAAAUAUAUGCACACUAGAGGUUACACCAUCAAAUCAUAUAAUUUCAGGCUCUUGGGAUAAAACAGCAAAAAUAUGGAUAAAUUGGCAAGAUUCAUGUACAUUGAAGGGACAUUCACAGGCUGUAUGGGCUGUAUUAGCAUGGAGCGAUGAGUUAAUAUUGACUGGAUCUGCUGAUAAAUCUAUUAUAAAAUGGCAAAAUGGAAAACGUAUUCAUACAUACAAAGGUCAUACUGAUUGUGUUAGGGGUUUAGCUUUAUUACAAAAUAUUGGAUUUGUAUCUUGUGCUAAUGAUAGUACACUUCGGAUUUGGACUCUAGAUGGUCAAUGUAUUCAAGAAUUAAGUGGGCACGUGUCAUUUGUUUAUUCUAUUGAUGUUUUGCCUAGUGGUGAAAUUAUAUCAGGUGGAGAGGAUAGAUCAAUCAAAGUCUGGAAAGACAACACAUGUAUUCAAACUAUAUUGUUCCCUGCGACAUCUGUAUGGUGCGUUACUUCAAUGCCCAAUGGUGAUAUUGUCAGUGGUUCAAGUGAUGGAAUAAUUCGUGUUUUUACUAGAGUACCAGAGCUUGGGGAUUUGAAUAAAGAAACACUUCCCGGAUCUGAGGCAUUACUUCGACCAGGAGAAACGGACGGUCAAGUAUUGAUGGUUCGUAAUGGUGAUUUAGUUGAAGCUCAUCAGUGGAGUGAAGCCAGUAAAUCAUGGAAAAAGGUUGGAGAGGUUGUUGACGCGGUCGGUCAAAAUCGCAAACAAUUAUAUAAUGGAAUAGAAUAUGAUUAUGUAUUUGACGUUGAUGUUGGAGAAGGGAUGCCACCAUUAAAACUUCCAUAUAAUGCCACAGCAGCACAACAAUUUAUUUGGGCCAAUGAACUUCCACAAAGUUAUUUGGAUCAGGUAGCAGAUUUUAUAACAACAAAUGCACAAGGAGUGUCAAUAGGCACAGCCAAUCAAUACUCCGAUCCAUUUACAGGCGGCUCUAGAUAUACACCCGGAACUUCAAGUUCAUCAAUACCAUCUAACACUAGGCCAAAUUACCUUGAUCCUUGGACUAGUUCAGGAGCCUCUAGCAGUGGUACUUCUGAAACUAAGAAAAUAAUUCCACAAAAAACAUAUUUAACGUUUCGUCAGGCCAAUCUUCAAGCUAUAUUAAAAAAAAUUAAUCAAUUUAAUAAUGAGUUAAAAGAUGUUUCAUUGAGUUCUGAAGAAUUUGCUAUUUUGGAAAAUUUGACAAAAUUUUUACAGAAUCCAGAUCCCAAGCUUGCCUCAUCACCUGAAAGAGAGAAAGAAUUUCUUAUCAUUAAGAAAGCCCUUACUCUUUGGCCAUCGCAUUAUCUUUUCCCGGGAAUUGAUUUAUUACGUCUCCUCAGCCUUUACACAUCUAUUCCCGCACAAUACUCGGAUGAAAAAGGAAGUAUCGUUAAGUUUAUAGAGUCUGUAAUUGGAAUAAGUUCAUGGGUUGGUGAUGAACAAUUGUCAAAAGAAAAGGAGACCAAUUUAAUGUUAUAUUUUAAAGUUCUUGCCAAUCUUUUUGAUUCUAAGGAAGGAAGAGAUGUUAUAAGGAAAGAAUCUGUUGCUAGCACAAAUACAAAUUUACAAAUUGCUUUUAUCACAAUAUAUUUGAAUCCAGAUGAGAAUCUAAUUAUUCAGAUGAUUGCUACGAUUGUAGAGCUUUUAGAAUCUGAGAGAGAUUCAGAAGUGGUAUAUAGAGCUUUAGUGACUUUGGGAACAUUGAUAUUUUGUCAUGCUUCUGCAAAAGAUGCUGCAAAAGUUUUUGAUGUAAAGAUUAUUUUAAAAAAUGUAUCUGGGAAAGAGCCAAGAAUUACUUCUGUAUAUGAUGAAAUUUUAAAAUUGAUCUAA